CAAACAGCUAAUACGCACACAAGCGAAAUUUAAGAAUUCUACAUCUCAACAAAAUACUCUAUUAUUCCUCUCUUUCUCUUUCUAAAUACACUCUUCUUCUCUCUCUACUCUCUCUCUCUCAGUUUAUUCGAUUGUUCAAAUGUGGCAAGAGUUCUUGAAGAGUUUCAGAUAAAUCAGGUUAUAUGUAUAGAUAGAUGCACUGACAUAUAUAUACAAAUAUCGAUGUCGUCGAGCUUUAGCCCCUCUCGGAGCCCCGUGAGUUCGAGGGUUCACUUGAGUGGUGCCUCGAGGUUGAGAUCUUCGUCCCUGAAGAAGCCUCCGGAGCCUCUCCGCCGUGCUGUCGCCGAUUGUCUCUCGUCGUCCUCGUCUUCAUCUCUCCAUGGAAACCCUUCUCAUGCUGCUUCCGAAGCCUCACGGACUCUUCGGGACUAUCUGGCAGGAUAUACAACAACUGACAUGGCUUACAGUGUGAUUUUAGAACACACACUUGCAGAGAGGGAGCGGAGUCCAGCAGUAGUUGCAAGGUGUGUGGCACUUUUGAAACGGUACCUUCUGCGAUAUAAGCCCAGUGUGGAGACAUUACAACAGAUCGAUCGUUUUUGUAUGAACACAAUUUCUGAUUGUAAUAUUAGCCCAAACCGAAGAUUGUCACCAUGGUCACAAUCUCCAAGUCCACAAUCUGGAGCAUCAACAACAUCUACAACAUCUACAAAUAAAACAUCUACAAAUAAAUCUCCUUUGCCUGUAUCAAGUUUUGAAUCUGGGGCACUUGUGAAGUCAUUAAAUUAUGUUCGUUCUCUAGUUGCUCAGCAUAUGCCAAGACGGUUAUUCCAACCAGCAGCGUUUGCCGCAGCUCCCCCUGCAUCAAGGCAAUCACUUCCGACGUUGUCAUGUUUGUUGAGCAGAUCCUUCAAUUCCCAGUUGAGCCCUGCAAAUGGUAAAGAAUCUUCAGAUAAGAAGGAGGCAUCUGCUUUACCUGUUUCAAACUCACCAAUUGCUGAAAAAGUUGAUGGAAUGGACGAUCUUGAUUUCAUAGCACUUGAUGUUCUGAAAUGGCGCUGGUGUGGGGACCAAUCAUCAUCAUUGGCUUCGACUGAAGGUGAUUGCGGUUUGAAUCCCCAAAAUGUGAGCACACAUAAUUUUCUCGAAGUGGGUGCAGCAGCUCUUCUUGUAGGGGACGUGGAAGCUAAAAUAAAGGGCCAACCUUGGAGAAAAUUUGGGACUGCUGAUAUGCCUUAUCUUGAUCAACUGUUGCAGCCUUCAUUGCUUACAACUGUCACCAAUUCUGCCUCUGCUCGUGCCCACUUGAGAGCAAUUACAGCAUCUAAGCGCACUAAGCCAGGCCCUCAGCAUAUUUGGAAAGAUUCUCCUGUGAGCACCUUCCGGCCACGCCCUCGACCACUUUUCCAGUAUCGUCAUUACAGUGAGCAACAACCUUUGCGAUUGAAUCCUGCUGAGGUACGUGAGGUUAUUGCUGCAGUUUGCUCAGAAACUCCUCCUUCAAAUGCUAAUCUCAUGACAGUCUCGUCUAAGUUAAGUAACAACAGUGGAAAACCUUCGAUGGACGUUGCUGUGAGCGUUCUGAUCAAACUUGUUAUUGACAUGUAUGUUUUGGAUUCUGGGACCGCUGCUCCUCUCACACUGUCCAUGCUUGAGGAAAUGCUUAGUUCUUCAAGUUCGGUUUCAAAGGCUCGUGCUUUUGACUUAAUCUUAAAUCUUGGGGUUCAUGCUCAUCUAUUGGAGCCGGUUAUACUUGAUGAUAGUUCUGCAAUUGAAGAAGAUUAUUUUCCAGAAUCUUACUUUGACAAUGAAGCACAAGUUGCAAAACAAGGAAAGAGAAAGACAGAUAAUUUUAAGAAGAUGGACAAUUCCAUGGCUAUCAAUAAUUUUGAGGCCUGGAUUAUAGGCAUUCUAUAUGAGAUCCUUCUUCAUCUUGUUCAGAUAGAAGAGAAGGAAGAAUCCAUCUGGGCUUCUGCCCUAAGCUGCUUACUUUAUUUUGUCUCUGAUAGAGGCAAAAUUUCCAGGAUCAGAUUAAAAGGUCUUGACAUAAGGGUUAUUAAGGUGCUUAUGGAGAUCAGCAGGAGGAAUUCUUGGGCAGAACUUGUUCACAGCAAUCUUAUUUGCAUGUUAACAAACAUGUUUUAUCAAGUUCCUGAUGAGGCUCUUCCAAGUGCCCCAAGUUUUCUUGCUGAGCAGGUUGAUUUGCUUGGAGGAAUCGAGUUUAUUUUCAUUGAGUUAGUGCUCUCAAACUCAAGGGAGGAGAGGAGAAACCUAUAUCUGGUGCUUUUUGACUAUGUUCUGCAUCAAGUAAAUGAGAGGUGCUUAGCUGCAGGUGUCUCUGAAUAUAGUGACGAUGAGAUUCAACCCAUUGCUACCCUGCUUACUCUUGCAGAUGCACCUGAAGCUUUUUAUAUUUCUGUUAAGCUUGGUGUGGAAGGAAUUGGGGAGAUUUUGAGAAGAUCAAUUUCUGAUCAAUUGUCUAAAUAUCCUAACAGUGAUCGACUAAAUAUGCUCCUGGGGAAGAUUACUGAGAAAUUUGAUAGAAUUAUAAGUUCGUUCACUCAUUUAGACAAAGAGUUUGCGCAUAUGAUACAGAUAACAAAGUCGUACAAGUCCAUGAAAAGCAUUGAGGAUGGAGUUAUAGGAAACAGUGCUGGCCUGAAAGCAAAGCUCUCAUGGGCUACUUUGCAUUCUCUUCUUCAUUCUGAAAGAACUGGGUGCCGUCAGAAUGGAUAUGUAUGGUUGGGUGAUUUGCUUAUAGCAGAAAUUAGUGAGGAGAAGGAUGCAAAUAUAUGGUUAAAUAUCAGAAACUUAUCGCAGAAAAUUGCCCUUGCUGGUGUGAAUGAUUAUUCAGUUGAUUUAGAUGUUCCUUUACCCAUUUGGCUUAUGUGUGGGCUUCUGAAGUCAAAAAAUUGCACCAUCAGAUGGGGCUUCUUGUUUGUUUUAGAGAGGCUUCUUAUGCGAUGCAAAUUUUUGUUAGACGAGAAUGAACUUCAGGAUUCAAGUGGCAGUGAAGCUGUUGGACAUCUGCAUGACCAGAGUCGUCUUGAGAAAGCAAAUGCAGUGAUAGACAUUAUGAGUAGUGCUUUGUCCUUAAUGGCUCAGAUAAAUGAAACAGACCGUAUUAAUAUUUUGAAGAUGUGUGACAUUCUAUUUUCUCAAUUAUGCCUGAAAGUUCUCCCUGCAACUGCAAUGCCAUUCGGAGAUGCAAUACAUGAUGGUAAAGUUUUUAGGCACACAGAUGGGAUUAAAAAGUCUGAUGCAGGAGAUCAUCUUGCUCUACAACACUAUGGGGAGGAAUCCAUGGAAGAUAUUAAGAGUAAAUUUGGCUACAGAAAUGAUAAUCUAUUCUCUGGGACAGCAUCCAUGGCAGCUUUACUUCUUCGUGGACAAGCCAUUGUUCCCAUGCAAUUGGUUGGAUGUGUUCCUGCUGCUUUGUUUUAUUGGCCAUUGAUUCAACUUGCUGGUGCAGCAACAGACAAUAUUGCAUUGGGUGUUUCUGUUGGGAGCAAAGGAAGGGGAAACCUACCUGGUGCCACCUCAGAUAUACGAGCUACCCUUCUCUUACUUUUAAUUGGUAAAUGCACUGCAGAUCCUGCUGCUUUUCAAGAAGUUGGUGGAGAAGAUUUCUUUAGAGAGUUGUUGGAUGAUACAGACUCAAGGGUGGCAUAUUACUCUUCGACUUUUCUUUUGAAGAGGAUGAUGACGGAAGAACCUGAAAGUUACCAGCGUAUGCUUCAGAGUCUUGUAUUCAGAGCUCAGCAGAGCAAUAAUGAAAAGCUAUUGGAGAAUCCAUACCUUCAGAUGCGAGGCAUACUUCAACUGUUAAACGAAUAAUCUCGAAACUGGGCUGAAUGUCUCAGUAUUUUGGAAAGGUUUUUGUUUGAAUGCAAUAUGGAGAAAAUGAUGUUCAUCAUUCUUGAUUCUCACAAUAUUUCAGCACUGGCAUUCCCUUACUGAAGUGUGAAACACGGUGGAAAUGCUUGUUUUUGUAAGAAUGCAUCAAAUGUUGCCUGAUUUGCAGAAGUAUUUCUACUGGCUAAAAUUUCAAGCUCUGCGUAAGGUGAACUCAGAUAUUGGAUUUUACUGGUUACUUGUUUGCGUAGCUCUAUAUAUAUUUAAAGAGCAGCCAUUAAGAACUCCUGUGGAAUUUUGCAUUCAAAGCCGCAUCAGUGUCCACUUCUCCUAUCGUCACAAAAUUGUACAUUUACGUUAAAAAAAAAAUCAUCAAGGAUUACUGUAUGAAUUUUGGUUCAGCUGAAGAUAUAACAUUGGAGGCUUAAUUAAAAAUUCUCCAGAGCACAAGAUGUUUGGGAAUUCUAUUGAGCAAUUGAUCAGAAAUUGAUUCGACUUCUAUUUCGACAUGAUAUUUCAGAUCAGGGAUUCGAACCAUCUUCAGUUAAUGGCGUACAUUGAUGGGGGGCAAUAAUAUUGGAGGACUCUUUUGUACAGGAUAAGAUUUCCUCUUGGCCUCGGUCAUUCCUGAGGGUUACUCCUUCCAGAGUUUGUUAAUAAACAGAGGUUUGCCCCCUUGUCUGCAAUGAAAGCAGAUUCGGGAUGCUGUAUGUUUAGUGGAUAGGUACCGAAGAUGCUAAUGGGUAGAUUGGAUCUACCAGUGUAUUCAACUUCAUUUUUUGGACAUCGAAAGGUGGUGUCUGGUAAUAGUGUCAUUAGUGAAGUGUGCCCGGUAUGUAUUUUAUCUUAGUUCGUUAUUCAUUUACUUUGUAAAUGUUUGGCUUUUUGUCUAAUUCUUCCCCAUUUCAAUGUAUUGCGAUUGUUGUAAAGUAGCUGUUGAGGAAUUUUUCUGUGUCUAGUGUUCAGUCAUUAAUUUCUGAAAGCCAAAGUUUUGUAUUUUUUUUUCCCCCGGAAUAGAAGUUUUGUAUCUUUAGCCUUUUCAAUUGUUUCCGUUCCCCUUUUGACUGUGGAACAUGAUGAAUAUAUAUAUAUAUAUACUGGUUUUCAGCUCA